GCUGCUCUCACGACGCGUUCACUGCGCGCUCAUGGCGUUCCACUCGCGCUCGACAGCUGCGACUGACGUAUUUGGACAAGAAAUGAAUGCCCUGUGAAACUUCUUCGUCUCCCGAAUGUGAUCUUUGCAGACGCCGUGGGUGUUUCCCCGCUCAUUCCUCCGGUAUAAAUAAUCCGAAAGCACGCCGGUGGAUCGGCGCGGCAAUUUUUUGGGCGACAUUACCACGGAAAAUACGACCGAAAGCGGUUUGCUUUAAUUUCAUGACCGAAAACUGACCGUUCACCAAGUUGGUAACGACUCCGGAUCGUUAACUGUGGGGAGAAAUGGGCACUUUACGCGAUCUCCAGUACGCGUUACAGGAGAAGAUUGAAGAAUUGAGACAGAGAGACGCGCUGAUUGAUGAACUCGAGUUGGAGCUGGACCAGAAAGAUGAACUCAUCCAGAAGCUUCAGAAUGAGUUAGACAAAUACCGAUCCGUUAUAAGACCGGCAACACAACAAGUCCACAAGCAGAGUGUCCUUCAAGAGCAGCAGAGGACCAAGAGACAGGCGAUCUCUGCCGAACCUACAGCCUUUGAUAUUCAAGACCUCAAUCAUGUCACCCUGCCUUUCUAUCCAAAGAGCCCACAGUCUAAAGAACUAAUCAAAGAGGCCAUUCUUGACAAUGACUUCAUGAAGAACUUGGAGCUGUCUCAGAUUCAGGAGAUUGUGGACUGCAUGUACCCUGUGGAGUAUGAUAAAGAUAGUUGUAUCAUCAAAGAAGGCGAUGUGGGCUCCCUGGUCUAUGUCAUGGAAGAUGGCAAGGUGGAAGUGACCAAGGAAGGCAUGAAACUCUGCACCAUGGGACCAGGGAAGGUGUUCGGAGAGCUCGCCAUCCUCUAUAACUGCACCAGGACUGCUACGGUACAGAAUGGCAAGGUGGAAGUGACCAAGGAAGGCAUGAAACUCUGCACCAUGGGACCAGGGAAGGUGUUCGGAGAGCUCGCCAUCCUCUAUAACUGCACCAGGACUGCUACGGUACAGACCCUCACAAAUGUGAAGUUAUGGGCCAUCGACCGCCAGUGUUUCCAGACCAUCAUGAUGAGGACCGGACUCAUCAAGCAUGCAGAGCACAUGGACUUUCUCAAGAGCGUUCCGACAUUCCAAGGCCUUCCAGAAGAAAUACUUAGCAAGCUAGCUGAUGUGCUGGAGGAGACUCACUACAGUGAUGGAGAGUACAUUAUUAGACAAGGUGCCAGAGGGGACACGUUCUUUAUCAUUGGCAAGGGAAAGGUGAACGUUACUCGAGAAGAUCCACCCAAUGGGACCCCUGUCUAUCUGCGGGCAUUAGGUAAAGGAGACUGGUUUGGAGAAAAAGCCCUUCAAGGAGAAGACGUCAGAACGGCUAAUGUCAUUGCUGCUGAAGCUGUCACCUGCCUCGUCAUCGACAGAGAGUCCUUCAAACACUUGAUUGGAGGUCUGGACGACGUCUCUAACAAAGGCUAUGAAGAUGCUGGCUCCAAAGCAAAAUACGAGGCAGAGAAUGCCUUCUUCUCCAACCUGAAGCUGGUGGACUUCAACAUCAUCGACACCUUGGGAGUUGGAGGAUUUGGAAGAGUUGAGCUGGUGCAGCUCAAGAGUGAAGAGAUCAAAACAUUUGCAAUGAAGAUUCUGAAGAAGCGUCACAUCGUGGACACGCGGCAACAGGAGCACAUCCGCUCUGAGAAACAGAUCAUGCAGGAUGCUCAUUCAGACUUCAUUGUAAGGUUGUACAGGACUUUCAAAGACAGUAAAUAUCUGUACAUGCUGAUGGAGGCCUGUCUAGGCGGAGAGCUUUGGACCAUACUUAGAGACAGAGGAUCCUUUGAAGACUCCACUACACGGUUUUAUACAGCCUGUGUGGUUGAAGCCUUCGCAUACCUGCAUUCCAAGGGAAUAAUUUACCGUGAUUUAAAGCCAGAAAAUCUCAUUCUGGAUCACAGAGGGUAUGCCAAGCUUGUGGACUUUGGCUUUGCUAAAAAGAUUGGAUUUGGGAAGAAAACGUGGACUUUCUGUGGAACACCGGAGUAUGUAGCCCCAGAGAUCAUACUGAAUAAAGGACAUGACAUUUCAGCAGACUACUGGUCAUUGGGAAUUCUUAUGUAUGAACUCUUGACUGGAAGCCCACCAUUCUCAGGACCGGAUCCAAUGAAGACAUAUAAUAUCAUUUUAAGAGGAAUCGACAUGAUAGAAUUUCCAAAGAAGAUCACCAAAAAUGCAGGCAAUCUAAUUAAAAAACUAUGCAGGGACAAUCCGUCUGAGAGGCUAGGAAACUUGAAAUAUGGAGUCAAAGAUAUCCAAAAGCACAAAUGGUUUGAAGGCUUUAACUGGGAAGGACUGCGCAAAGGAACUCUCACCCCUCCAAUUAUUCCUGAUGUUGCAAGCCCGACUGACACCAGUAACUUUGAUAGCUUUCCUGAGGACAAUGAGGAUCCUCCUCCAGAUGACAAUUCCGGCUGGGACACUGAUUUCUAAAAAUGAAACUUGUAACAUGCCCUGCCCUGGAGUGUCUCGUGUGGUUUGUCAGCGAAGAGAAGAAUGGAAGACGUCUAGCCCAGCUCUGUGACACCAAGUUGCCUUCGCCCAUACUUCUGUCCUGCGGUGCCACUGGGGGUGUCUCAGCUCCCCGCCGCACCUCACAACUAACGUGAACUGUCCUAAUCAGAAGAACUGGAGUCCAUAUUUCCAACACGACUUUAGAUAUGGACUCAGACCGCCUCGUGCUGGAGCCGAUGUCUUAUAAAUGAGUCUUUAAAUUUUUUUUCUUUGCUGUUUCAUGUUUGACUGAUUGCACAAGCAGUGGUUUCAGGUUUUAAGUCUGGGUCUUAAAAAGAGAAUCAUAAGUAGAGACAGUACUAUGAUCUGGAUUGAGUUUUGAUAAUGUUUCUAAGAUGCAUUUUAGGACGGAAUUUAGUUUGUGGUUACUUCUGAUAGUAUGACAGUUGUGUAGGAAUAUGGCUAAUAUAUUUGGAACAGAAACACACCAGAGUCAAAUACUUAAAAAGGUAAAAGGUCCUGUGGUGGAGAUUUAUUGAUUUGAAUUGAUUGAUAUGAUUCAAUUAAUUUCCAUUUAGUCUUUUUAAGCAUAUUCGUCUUACAGGAAUAGUUCACCCAAAAAUGAAAAUUCUGUUGGAAUCAUGUUGUUCCAAACUCAAAC